AUGCCCAGCGAAACAGUGCUCUACGAACUUACCGACCACGGCGUCGCCAUCCUGACGUUGAACAACCCGGAACGGCGCAACGCGCUGUCAUCCGAAACGUUGGCAGCGCUUGAACGGCUGUUGGCACAGUUGGCGAAUGAUUCGGACGUACGGGUGGUAGUCAUCCGUUCGCAUGGGCCAGUGUUCAGCUCCGGACACGACCUCAACGAGCUGGUCAACGGAGACGCUGAAGAUUACGCUACCGUUUUCGCCGCCUGCACCCGGGUAAUGGAAGCGAUUCGGUUGCUGCCUAAACCCGUCAUAGCACAGGUUCAGGGAUUGGCGACCGCCGCCGGCUGCCAGCUGGUGGCCACCUGUGACAUCGCCGUGGCUGCUGAUACCGCGGCAUUCGCGACCCCAGGCGUACAAAUUGGGCUGUUCUGCACCACUCCUGGCGUGGCGGUGGCCCGGUCGGUAAUGCCAAAGAAAGCAAUGGAGAUGCUGCUCACCGGGCGUGCCAUAUCGGCGCAAGAGGCGCUGGAAUUUGGCCUGAUAAGCCGCAUCGCGCCGCCCGGCGAUUUGGAAGAGGAGGUUAUGACCCUGGCAAUGCAGAUUUCCUCAACCAGCGCGCACACGCUGGCGUUGGGCAAGGCCGCCUUCUACCAGCAAAUCGAGAUGGAUCGUCCUGCGGCCUACCAGUUCGCCGGCCAGGUGAUGGUCGACAAUCUGCUGGCUGAUGAUGCCAAAGAGGGUAUCUCGGCGUUCCUCGAAAAGCGUCCACCGGUUUGGACGACGUGA